AUGGUGUCUUCAACAGCGGUUACCACGAAGGUGGAGUCUGGAUCUCCCUACCAGCUGGAGAAAGGCCAGGUUGCCAGAGCUUCCACCGCUCUUUUGCGGCACAUCAAGUCGAAGCAGGAAGAGCAAGAGAAGACAGCGACGAAGAAGACUCUCAUUGGCGACAAUGAUGACGAAUCCGACGAAGAGACUGCCCUCAAGAACGAGGCCAUUUGGCUUGUGCUCACCACAAAGAAGCAUGUUGUCGACAAGAACCGUCUGAAGCCCGGAAAAAUCAGCAUUCCCCACUCUCUCAAUGCCUACCCGUCGUUAAGUGUUUGCCUUAUCACCGCCGAUCCUCAGCGCUCUGUUAAGAACAUUGUCGCCGACCCUUCCUUCCCUCAGCACCUUUCCUCGCGUAUCGAGCGGGUCAUCGGCUACUCGAAACUUAAGGCUAGAUAUCACAGCUUCGAGUCUCGCAGGCAGCUGCUGUCCGAGCACGAUGUCUUCCUCGCCGAUGACCGGAUCAUCAUGCGCCUGGUUAAUACUCUUGGCAAAGUGUUCUACAAAUCCAGCAAGCGACCCAUUCCCAUCCGUAUCGCCGAAAUCGAGAAGGUGGAUGGCAAGAAGGUCAAGAAGGAUUCCAAGAAGAAGUCGAAGGAUGACGACAGCUCCUUUGCGUCUCCUGCGAUCGUCGCCAAAGAGAUCGAGAGAACCCUGAAUUGCGCCGCUGUACAGCUUGCACCCGCUACCACCGCCGCUAUCCGUGUGGGCUCGUCUAAGUUUACUCCGGAGCAGCUGGCCGAAAACGUCGAAGCUGUUGUUAAAGGCUUGACGGAUAAGUUUAUUACAAAGGGAUGGAGGAAUAUCAAGGCUAUUCAUAUCAAGGGCGCUAACACCAUGGCGAUGCCAGUCUGGCUGGCAAGUGAAUUAUGGGUGGAUGAGGCUGACGUUGUGGAAGAGGCCGAGGAGGAUGUCAAGGCCAUUGAGGGCGCAAAGAACAAGAAGCGCAAGCAGAUCGGUGACGACGAAAAACUACUCGAAGGAAGCAAGAAGACCAAGAAAUCCAAGCCCGAGGACGACGACGAUGCUUCGUCGAUGGCCGCAAGAAAGGAGAAGCUCCAGCAGCAAAAGGCCAAAGCUUUGGAGGACGGCGCCGAUUCCGGUAACAAGAAAUCCGCAGCCGCCGGGAAAGCAGCAUCUGGAGCGCCAAAGAAGAAGAGAAAGUCGAUUUUAUAA